AUGUCUUCUGCAAGCCUAGCACGGGGGUUCCUUCGAAGCUAUUCCCGUCCUCCAAUUCAGUCUGUGCUACCGAAGCAGAAAACUUUGAGUCGUCUUCUUUUCGAUCAUGACUCGCGCCUUGCAUACAAAAAGGUGAUGCCCAUCUUCACCAACAUCUAUGAAAACCUCGAAACCCCCACAAAUAUAAGACUUCCCCAUUAUACAAAACAUGACGACCUAAUGACGCUUCGUGCAGUUUUGCGUGAUAUCCGUGCGUUGUCAAACGCGGUGAACAAAAAUUUGGUGGAUCUUGAAAAUGAGUUGAUCGAGCAGGCAGCUGAACUUGGAAACAACGAUGCCAUCGCAAUGUUGGCGUUUGAGGCCAUUGGAUCCUCAGAGACUCUGCCGGAAGAUUACGCUUAUGCUAACAAGCUUAUAAAAGAACUCCAAGAUGCCAAACAUCCUCUUGUCUUCAAGUUAGCUGGAGACCUUGCAUUCGCCAAAAAUUAUCACGAGCAGGCUGCUCAGUAUUGGAAUCAGUUUUUGGAGCUUGAAGAUGACUCCCUAGUGGCCAGUCAUGUGUACACGAGCUUGGGCUUGUUUUAUUUCAACUUUGCAAAGCCCGAGCCUAAUCUCGCCAAGGCUAGAGAAUGCCUCGAGAAGGCCAUCAAGUUCGGUGAGCUAGAUACCAGCAUUAUUAAGGCCCACUAUUACCUAGGCCAAUUAUACUCCAUGACGGAUCCAAAACGUUCUCGGUAUCAUCUUGAGAUCAGUGCAUCCAAGGGUCUCCAGGAGAGCUUUGCAUCCUUGGGCUUUCUUGAACUUAACGUCUUCGAUAACCCACUGAAAGCUAUCGAAUGGUUCAAGCUCGGUGUCGAGGGAAACAAUGAUAUCACUUGCCUCAUUGGGCAAUUCGACUCCCAUGUCAAGACAGAAAACCUUCAGAAGGCCAAAUCUAUUCUUGCCAACUUAGCAGACCUAAAAAAGAAGCUUGACGCCUUAGCGAGGCAGCAAUUUCGGAAUGUCCCUGAGGCUUUCAAAGGCCAUGCCGAAACAAAUUAUGCAUUGCUUGUAACGUUUUUUGAUUCAAGAAAAGGUAUCAUUCACAAGCUUUCCCAGUUAUAG